GGCCUUUCACCGAGCGUCUGUGUGUGUGUGUAUGGAAGAGGGCCCCCCUCCUCACUGAACUCAAGUCUUGCUUUUUCUAGUCCCCGAUCCGCGGCCCCUCCUUCCUUCAACCGGUGCCAGGGAAGGUGAAGGAAGAGUUAUCCAUGGAGGGCUCCGCUCGCCCCCCGCCCGUCUCCUUCGACGGCGAACUGGACCUGCAGCGCUAUUCCAACGGGCCGGGGCCGGGGCCCGGGCCGGGUGUGGGGUCGUCCGGAGGCCCGGGCCUCGGCGAGGGCGGGCGGCGCUUCCCCUGCCCCGUGUGCGGGAAGCGCUUCCGCUUCAACUCCAUCCUGGCGCUGCACCUGCGGACGCACCCGGGCGGCGGCGAGCCCGGCCUCUGCCCGCACUGCGGACACCGCGCCGCCCGGCGCUCCCUCCUCCGCCUGCACCUGCGCACGCACCGGCCGGAGCGCCCGCGCAGCCCCGCCGGACGCCUGCUGCUGGAGCUGGAGGAGCGCGCCCUGCAGCGCGAAGGCCGCCCGGCCCUCCCCCCGACGCUCGCCCCGGCCCCGACGCUCGCCCCGGCCCCGGCCCCGGCCCCGGCCCCGACCCCGACCCCGACCCCGACCCCGACCCCGACCCCGGCCGCUCCCACUUUCCGCUGCCCGUUCUGCAAGGGCAAGUUCCGCACGGCGGGCGAGCGCGAGCGCCACCUGCACAUCCUCCACCGGCCCUGGAAGUGCGGCCUCUGCGGCUUCGGCUCCGGCCACGAGGAGGAGUUGCUGCGCCACAGCCGAGCGGCGCACGGGCCCGGGCCUCCCACCCACCCCCCCGACCCCCCUGACCUCCCCGACCCCCCCGACCCCCACCAGUUGCCCGCCCCAGACCCGGAGCCCGAGGGGGUCCCCCCCCCAUCUCCAUCGGCGGCCCCCGCCCCGCCUCCGGCCUCGGAGUUCCGCUGCCCCGUGUGCGGCCAGGGCUUCACCCAGGCCUGGUUCCUCAAGGGCCACAUGCGCAAGCACAAGGCCUCGCUGGACCACGCGUGCCCCGCCUGCGGCCGUUGCUUCAAAGAGCCCUGGUUCCUCAAGAACCACAUGAAGGUUCACGCCAGCAAGAUGGGGUCGCCGCGGGCCGCGGGGUCCGGCCCAAGCCCGCCCCGGGCCCCUCCGCCUCGGGCCCGGGCCCCGGCGCUCGGUCUUCCGGCCUACGAGCCCCUGGGCCCCGCGCUGCUGCUGGCCCCGACGCCGCCUCCCACCCCCCGGGAGCGCGGUGAGGCCCCGGGCCUGCUGGGCUACCUGAGCCUGAGGGCGGGCGGGGCCGGGGCGGGGGCCGGGGCCGGGUCCAACGGGGAGGGGGCGGGGGCCGCGGCGGCGGCGGGCCGGACCUUCGGGGGAUUCCGCCCGCUGGGCCCGCCGCCCCCUGCUCGGGCCCGCCGUUCGUGUCCCAAGGAGCGGGAAGAACCGGCGGAGAGCUGGCCCCGGAGCCAGGCGGCGGGCACGCCGGCCUGCCUGCACGGGGAACCCCCUGGAGGCCCGCCUCGGUCGACCGCCUCACCGGAGGAGAACGGGGUGCCCGCGGGGAGGCCGCGGCCGGGAGGAGCCCGGGGGGCCUCGGGCAAAGACUGUCCCUUCUGUGGGAAGACCUUCCGCUCCGCGCACCACCUCAAGGUGCACCUGCGCGUGCACACAGGCGAGCGCCCCUACAAGUGUCCACACUGUGACUACGCGGGCACCCAGUCCGGCUCCCUCAAGUACCACCUACAGCGCCACCACCGCGAGCAGAGGGGCGGGCCGGGGCAGGGGCCGGGUCAGGGGCCAGUGCCAGGACAGGGGCCAGGGCCGCCCCUGGCCCGGCCCCUUCGAGGCCCGCUGGCUGCGGGCAAGCCCGCCGCCCGGGCCGAGGGAGGCCCGGGCCCUCGCCUCUCCGCCCCGGCCACCGCCCCCGCCCCCUGCCAACCAGCCGUUGCCGGUCGGACCCUGCGCAACGGGCGGGGCGGGGAGCCGGAGCCCCUGGACCUCUCCGUGCGGCCGGGGGGCGAGGUCGGGCCGGCGGGGCUGGGCCGGGGCACCGGGGCGGGGGCCGGGGGCACCCUCCUCCGCUGCCUCUUCUGUCUCUUUGCCACCGGCGCCCCCGAGCUGAUGGCCUUACACCGGCAGGUUCAUCACAGCCGCCGGGCCCGCGGCCGCCGCCCUCCGCCGGCUCCUUCCCGGACCCGCAGCCGCAGCCACAGUCCCAGCGGCAGCAGUGGUGACAGCAGCGGCAGCGGCAGCCCCCCGCGGGGUGGGGAUGGGGGCGGCGCGCUCCCGCUGCUCGGGGCGGAGGAGGCGCGGCCGGUGGGCCCGGGCCCGGCGGGGCGGGACCCCUAGCACCCCCUGUUGGGGAGGGGCCGGGAGUAGCUAGAGCGGCCCCGGGGCCCGGAGCCCCGAGCUCGGGACCGGCGUCCGGGGCCGGAGGGGCCGCAGUGCCUUAGGGGCGGCGGAGGUGCCGCCACGCCUCACCGGGCCGUAGCCGGGAGAAUUUAUUUUUGUACCGGAGAGAAGAAGGGAGAAGAGAAGAAAAGAGGGCCCUCCUUUCCCUCUCGCCCACCCCGCAGGGGCCCGUAGGCCUUACUAUUUUGGGGACCGGCAAUGUGGUGGAGCCCAUUCUCCAAUAAACGCGUGUCGGGCACGAGGA